AGAAGCGUCUGUCGCUCCGCAGCAGCCCCUCGCCCCAGAAGGGCUCCCCGAUGCUGGCCUCCCCCAGGUGGUCUUCCUGAAGGACAUCGUCUGCUACCUCUCCCUGCUGGAGAACGGGACCCCCGAGGACAAGCUGGAGUGUGAGUGACAUCUCUGCCACAUCAAGGCGGAGGAGAGGAUUCAGGGUCCACCACAGCUCUGGUGUUCAGCAUAAGAUAAGAUAGAGCUGAUUAAAGCCAUGGACAAUAGGAUCUUAUAAUCUAAAAUAAAAAUGAGUUUCACAGAGGGAUGUAUCGUUUGCACACCAAUCAAUUAUACCGUCAGGAAAAUGUCGAAAAAGUGUGUUCAAAUGUAUCUCAAAGCUAAUUGACUCAGUCUUGGAAAGACUGAGUUGGAGUCGGAGAGUACUGGAGUGUUGUCUGAAAUGCUCCUCCCUUCAUUGUUGAUUUGUGUAGUUUGUACUUCUCUAAAUUCUGCUGCGCCACGCUUGGCCACGCAAGCCACGUAUUGUGAUUGGUCACCUGCUUGGUUACGAAGCGAAGAGGGAAAACAGUCUGCAUGGAACAUCUGAGGCUAAUGCACGCCUUGAUAACCCGUAAUAACACAACAAGAGGUCAUCAAGGUUUUCGUUGAUCCAUAACAUUAACUAUGCAUCUACUUAACCACAACAGCCAGUAUUGGUUGAAACGUAACUGCACAUCCAUACCGUAACUAAAAAAGAUGGACCUUACUUUUAUCUGAUGGCAUCAGUCAUGCGUUCAAUCUCCUAUAGUGUCUUCCCGCUCUGCACUCAAUGCACUUUACCAUCCCACAAUUUGCAAUCUGUCACCUGUGCCCCUUCUGUCUGAGACUGCCUCUUCCAGUGGGCUCCGUUCCCCUGCCUUGGGGUUGAUGGAAGCCAAUGAAUCUCAUUACGGCUGCGGGCCUGCGAAGGCCUUUGGGAUGGCCACAGUGAAUAGGUGCCAUAUAAAUAACCCUGACCUAGCUCGACUCAACUUAGCAUCUGAGCUCAGAGUGACAGCGAUGGGCCUCGGUGCUGCCAGCUACUCCUCCUGAUCAGAUCGGCGGGGGACCGGCCGGGGGCAGGGGACAGGGGGCAGGGGACAGGGGGCAGGGUCACUGGGUGAGCGCUCAGCCCCGUGCCGGCGCGGGCCCACCGCCGACCUCUUUAGCCCCUGAAGACGUGACGGCGCACACAGAACCGGACUAAUCCUCCUGACUUAGGGCUGCCCUGUCGACCGCAGGCUCACCCUGCGCCUCCCUUGAGUCAUGUUCCGGCUCUAUGACACCGACGGCAAUGGCUUGCUGGACAGUUCGGAGCUGGAUCGCAUCAUCAACCAGAUGGUCCAUGUCGCAGAGUACCUCGAGUGGGACUCGACAGAACUGCGACCGAUCCUGAAGGAGAUGAUGGAGGAGAUCGACUACGACCACGACGGCACCGUCACGCUGGAGGAGUGGAUCAGAGGCGGCCUCACCACCAUCCCUUUACUGGUCCUGCUCGGCAUGGAGACGAAUGUCCAAGAGGACGGGCAGCACGUGUGGAGACUGAAGCACUUCAACAAACCGGCCUACUGUAACUACUGCCAUACCAUGCUGCUGGGGGUGCGCAAACAGGGCCUCUGCUGCACCUUAUGCAAGUACACUGUUCACGAGCGCUGUGUGUCCAAAGAUAUCGCCGCCUGCAUCAGCACAUACGCCAAGUCCCGCAGACACACCAAUGCUAUGCAGCACGUGUGGAUGGAAGGCAACUCUCCCACCAAGUGCGAUCGCUGUCACAGAAGCAUCAAGUGUUACCAGGGCUUAACGGGGCUGCACUGCGUGUGGUGUCAGAUCACUCUCCAUAAUAAGUGCGCAUCCAAUGUGAAGACAGAGUGCGAUGGAGGGGCCGUGAGGGACCACACUCUGCUGCCCUCGUACAUCUGCCCCGUCGUCUUGGACCGCCAUUCCGCGGUGAAGCGUGGUGAGGGCGAUUCCCCGCCCAGCACCAGCCCCGACGACGCCAACCACACCUUCAAAUUCAACCCCGGGGACGGCCAGGCUCUCCAGAUCAGCCCUCUCCCAGGCACCCACCCUCUCCUCGUACUGGUCAACCCCAAGAGCGGAGGCAGGCAGGGCGAGCGGGUGCUUAGGAAACUCCGGUACCUUCUGAACCCCAGACAGGUGUAUAGUCUGGACCGAGAGGGGCCUACUGUGGGGCUCAACUUCUUCCAUGACGUCCCUGACUUCAGGGUGCUGGCCUGUGGAGGGGAUGGCACUGUGGGCUGGAUCUUGGACUGCAUAGACAAGGCCAACUUUGCCAGGUAUCCCCCGGUGGCCAUUCUGCCCCUGGGCACGGGGAACGACCUUGCCCGAUGCCUCCGCUGGGGAGGAGGCUACGAGGGGGGCAGCAUGCUGAAGCCCCUGCGGGACAUCGAGCACAGCAUCGAGUUGAUGCUGGACCGCUGGAACAUCGACAUCAUCGCCGAAGACAAGGAGGAGAAGGGCGACCCAGUCCCCUACAGCAUCGUCAACAACUACUUCUCCAUAGGAGUGGAUGCCUCCAUCGCCCACCGCUUUCACCUGAUGCGGGAAAAGCACCCAGAGAAGUUCAACAGCAGGAUGAAAAACAAGCUGUGGUACUUUGAGUUUGGCACCACGGAGACCAUCUCAGCCACCUGUAAGAAGCUUAAUGAAUGCAUCGAAGUGGAGUGCGAUGGGAUCAUCUUGGAUCUCAGCAACACGUCCCUGGAGGGCAUCGCUGUGCUCAACAUUCCCAGCAUGCACGGCGGCUCUAACCUGUGGGGCGAGACCAAGAAGAGGCGGAACUACAACCGCAUGAGCAAGAAGGUUCCGGACCGAGCGCAUAGCAGCACCGUCACCGAUGUGAAGGAGCUCAAGUUCUGUGUGCAGGACCUGAGCGACCAGCUGCUGGAGGUGGUGGGUCUGGAGGGGGCCAUCGAGAUGGGACAGAUCUACACAGGGCUGAAGAGUGCCGGGCGAAGGCUGGCUCAGUGUGCCAGCGUCAUCAUCAGGACGUCCCGGCUGCUGCCCAUGCAGAUUGACGGAGAGCCCUGGAUGCAGCCCCCCUGCACGGUCAGGAUAACGCACAAGAACCAGGUGCCCAUGUUACUGGGACCGCCUCAGAAGACGCCCUUCUUCUUCUUCAAGAAACGCAACAGGAGCCGCGACUAGGAGCCAAACACUCUCCACACACACACACACACACAAACAUACACCAAUACACACACACACACACACACACAAAGCUCCCCCCCCCCCCGCAGCUCUGACAGACGACGGUUAUACUGUUCUCGGAUUGGAAUACCGAACUGGGUCGCCAGUUUUGUCAAACGGAUUCCAUUCCGACUGGAAAGGUUUCCCAGUGUCUAUGUCCCCGGCGUACAUUUCAUUCCCAAAAGAAAAGAAAAUGAAAGCGCUCACGCAGGUAUACUGACUUAUUAGCCUACUAUGUAACAGUCGUUUUUCUAGUCCUCCCUCUCCGGAGGCGAUGACCCUACCAGGGACCAAGUCCAAACGCUCCGUCCCCCCUAGCAACAAGGCCAACAUUUGGCUACAAGCUCCACCCCUCUGAGUGGAAGGCCACAGCAUUCAGCCAUGGGCAAGUACUAACACCGGCCUCCUUCUAUCAUUGCACCUCCGACUGAACCAGGAUGGCUCGCUAGCCGACGGCUAGCGAGAGAGACAUUGGGACAGGGGUGUAUGUCGAAUGGUUUCAAGAUGGAGAACAUACCAGGUGGAGGAGAGCGACACUUGCAACGAAAAGGAAAAGGAGAGACGGAGCCCUGAGAAUGGUGGUGAUGGUGCUUUGGUGGUGGUGGUGGUGAUGGGGGGCAAUGGUGGGAGAAGGACAGAGAGAGAGAGAGAGAGAGAGAGAGAAAGAGAGAGGGUGAGAGGGUUAGGGUUAGCAAACUUGGCCUUUUUUAAGAGGCCGGCGUGAAAGUAGAGUAAGAUCCACUCUUUUUCGCGCAGCACCUUGAUGAAUAAUGGAGCGCUUAGUGCUUGUAAGAGCGCUCACCCCAGCGCUCGGCGGGACCAGCGGUGCACUACGCGCCGAGGAAAGAGAGCAGAAAAGCCUCAUCCAUUAUUGACCGCUGAAACGCGUUCAUGGGCAGAUGGCGACAGAGCAUAACGGCGGCCUGUGAGGACGAAAACCACGCCAGGGUUUUAAGGGUUCUUGCAUCAGUGGCACACAAACACGGAUCUCCUCUGCUGUGUUUACACACUCAGGAGAAGAUCUGGUGUGUGACCCGAGGCAACACAAACCUGUCUCGCACUCUCUCUCUCUCUCUCUCUCUCUCUCUCUCCAGCUGCUCGGCAGGUUAUCCUAGAUCAGCCCUAAUCCGAUUGGAGGCAGGCUUUCACUAGGCGGGAUCGUAGCCCUACGGGAUUGUGACGUUGUUCCUCGCGAUACGUAUCAAGAUACACACCUGACCGUUCGAAUCAGAGGUCACCGUCCAGAGGAAGCCGUCCGAUGUCCAUCACCCGCCCACCUCCUGCCACCGACCCUUCCACCGCCACAGCGAUAAACGACACUUUAAGCGUGGCAAGCAACGGAAAUAAAUGCCCUCCUGGGUGUACCAGCUGCAACGCCACCGCCCCCUUUGGGUUUUAUUUACCCACGAGCUGCGCCAGGGGAACUAAAGUUAUCCCUCUAUUUCAGGGUCGGCCUAUCAGUCCCUCCCUGAAACCCUAUGCCUAAAUAUAGUGUCAAAAUAUCAAACUCACAAUGUCAAAGGGGGGUUCUCAGCGGACUGGUGAUGGCAAGACGGUCGUCCUUCAACAUGGGAAUGGGUCGGAUGGGAAGGACGUCUUCAUUUUAUACACAUUUCUGCUCCUCUUCCCCAAAGCUCGAAAUUCCUUACCUUAUGUAUUGAAAAAAAUUAAGCGAUACCUUCACAAGUACUAGACAUCGAUUAGAAUCGAGAUAGAAAUUAACCGUUGCCGGUUCAUCUCGGGGGGGGGGGGGGGGAGAGACGCUGUGGCAGAGACUGUAGUGUGAUCCAAAUAUAUCAAGAAUGUACUAGACAUGAACAUAGUAUCAUGGCAAGAUAAAUCCAUGUGCGCAGACACAAUAUUUGUAUAUUCAUGGAAAGUAGGUGUAGUGCACAUGUACACGUGAUUGUGUUUUUA